CGUUAGCGUUGGUUGUCCUUGCUACCCUUGCUAUGUACGGUAGACGUAACGACCUUUGCCAACGCUUAUUCGCCGACGCAAAAACCAUUUCGAAAUUCAUUUCGACCAUGAUGCAGCCAGCGAUCGCGAUGACAGAAGCGCUCGACAUCAUCAUUGACAGCGACGGAACGUACCCGGACAUUGAAGGCGGCCACGGCGUCGACCACAAUGGCAUUCCUCAGCGCAAGUGGCGACAGCACCUCUGCGGCUGCUGGAGCUCGUGCAUCCCCAACACGCUCAUGAGUGCGCUCUGCCCGUGCAUCUCGCUCGCCCAGAUCAGCUUCCGCAUGGGCUUUUCAUCCUCUUCAUAUAUUGCGCAGGUGCUCAGCACAGGACUCUUCUACGGCGUCUUUCUUCUCGGCUGCAUCGUCGGCGACGUCGGAGGCACCUUGCUCGCGCUCGUCUUUGCACUGGGGCUAUGGCUGUACAUGUACCGGCUCCGGUCGCGCCUCCGCACAGUCUUUCAGAUUCCAGGCUCGAUGCUCGAAGACCUCUGCGUGACGCUCCUGUGCCCGAUCUGCGCCACGUCGCAAAUGGCGGCCCACGUGCAGUCGUUCGACCAAGGCUCGUGCUCGUUUGACGCCAAGUCGGUACUGCCGGGUUACCACCUCUAGUCCAGAAUGCAACGAGUAGAAGAUCGUCAUAAUUCCAACUUGUGAU